CCGGCAGUCAAUGUCGAGACGAGACAAAGGGAAAGGGGGAUCUCACCUGCCAAGCCUUUCUUCCGACUUCCGCCAAAGAAACCCGCAAAAGCCCGCAAGAAGUCCGCAUCAAACCCGCAAUACGCUCCCGCCAUUUUUGUUUUGGCAACCCGGCAUCGAAUAUUGGCCCUUCUCACCUCCGAAACAAGCUAUCCCUUUUCCAUGGCUUCACUUAGCGGCUACCCAUCAACAUCAACUGCGGCACCGAUGCGGAGCCGCCGCCAGCGGACGUGCAUUCCGUGCGCAAAGGCCAAGCGAAGGUGUGACAAGACAAUCCCUUGCUGCAUACGAUGCGUAGACAGAGGCGUCAGUUGCAUCUACAAGCCACGGCGAGGGGUCUAUGCUACGAUGGAUAAUCCAGGAGCUGCUGGCGAAGCCACCAUCAUAUCCACUCAAGGCGGGAAAAGUACCGAGACGGCUGUCCCUCAAGAUUCCUCUUCCGCCGCAGCCGAUGCAACUGUCGCCGCCGACUACCGCUGGUUCCUCUCCCCGCCUUCCUGGGUACCUCAGCACGGAUUAUGCGCGGAAGAGCCUGCCCUGGGCGAGGAGACGUUGCCGCACUUCAUCAACAAGCUGAAGAGCUGGGCCGAGACCUGGGUUCGCGAAGGUCACAGCCCGCUCAUGCAUAGAGAGCUGUACCGCAGCUGGAUGCCCGCUGGUGCGAGGCAAGCCGCCUUGCGCAUCAUGGAAGAGCGCUGCAGUCGGCUUAUUCAGUCGCAGCCAGUACCACUACAGCAAGUCUGCAGCAACAGCGACAACCUCUCGCCGUGUAUUCUCGUCGACACGCUCGCCCACCUUGCUCGCACUCAGGCCUUGUUCGUAUACCAGUUGAUCCGGCUCUUUGAUGGCGACAUCCGCGCCCGGGCCCAGGCCGAGUGCCACAUGGAUAUCCUCGACGCUUGGGCCAUCCAGAUGCUGGAUAGUGCGCGACUUGACUGCAUUCUGCAACAUACUACCCAGGACGACAGUCCCGAGCUCACCCAACUGCCUAUGACCGUUUUCAAUGAUAUCACUAGCACUGGUAGCAUACCAGGACAACCGAGAACAACAACAGCAAACAACCCCCUAAACCCAGACCCAAACCUGGCCCAGAGCCAGAACCCUUUCGCUCUCCCACAUGGUUCCGAGAUGCAACCGCCACUCCUCUGGCGCACCUGGGUCACAGCCGAAUCCAUCCGCCGCAUCUACCUCGCCGCCACCUUCAUGCAGUCGGUCUACCGCACGCUUAAACAGGGCUGGUCGGCCUGCCCCGGCGGCGCGGCAUUUACUGCGCUGUCUGGGUUGUGGGAUGCUAAAAGUGGGUUUGAAUGGAUGGGUAUCCUGCGGGAUACUAGGAUGUGUCACACUAUGGAAGGUACUAGUAGUACUACUGGUACUAGUAAGGAAGGGGAUGUAGCACGGGGCUUGUCGCCUUGGGUGAUGGUGCAGAGCCUGGAAGCGUGGAAGAUCUUGAGGCAGGGGAGGUGGGAGGAGGUGGAUGAGUUUGCGAGGGGGGUGUUGGAGAUUAGUUAUGGGGUUGAGCGGGUUGAGGGGUGGAGGUUUGAGCGUGGCUAA